UUCCCGAUGAGCGUGACAGCUGCAUUUACAGUACCUGCGUUCUACUGUGUUCACUAAACUAAUUGCACUCUGUGCUACAGAAGUAUUUCAAACCUACCUGCAUAUACUGUAGAGCUAAAAGGUUCUUUACAUAAAGAAACAAACCACAAAGUCAAUACCAUGCUGCCUUCCAGUGGAAUUCUUUUUAUUUUACUGCCCGUUAGUUUAUGGUGGACCAGAAGCAAUGGUUACAGUAGUACAGUCAGAACAACAAACAAUGACAAUAGUUCAACUAUAGAUACGACUUCACCUACACACCAAGGAACUUCACAUCAGCUAGAUCUUACUGGAACUAACGGAAUAACUACUCCUGCUAUAAGCCAUGUUAUGCCAACAAUGGCCAAUAAAAAUGCAACAACAAAAAGUACAGUAAUAGAGAUUAACACUCAAAGUAACAGUGUAACUCAGAGAUCCACUAAUGGCACAGAGUUAUUUUCGACUUCGCAUGUGGAUAAGGGUUCAACAGAUGGCACAAAUACCCCUGCCAAAAAUGUCAACAGAAUCUCACCAUCUUCAACAAUAUCCAUAACCAUGACUGACUUGUCCACAGCGACUGAAAGCAACAUGCCUACAAAUGCUGGUGUAUCAUCGAAAACGGAAGCCAAAAACUUCACUUCAGUCACCUAUAAGACCAGUUCUACUGCAACAAUCUCCACCAAAGACUCUCUAAAGAGCUCCACAGAAGUCUCAUCCACGAACAGUCCAUCAAAUACACUGACCACAUUAUCCACACACCAGAGUGGCAGUGUCACAACAGACUUCAAAACAAUUUCACAGACUACAAAAACCGUACACCAGAAUUUCACCAACCAUUCUAUAGUCCCAUCAAAUCCGAAAGAACCCAACAAAGAGAAUCGCCACAGUGCAGGAGUUGUGCUUGGUGCAAUUGUAGGAGCCAUUCUAGGAUCUGCAUUAAUUGUUCUGAUUGGGUACUUUAUAUGUGGGAAGAGAAAGUCUGGCUCAUUUUUCCAUCAGCGACUUUAUGAUGACACAAGGAGUGAACCAGGUCUCCGAUUAGAUAAUUCAUCUCAUGAUGUGAGCUUCGGUGAUUUGUCUUACUACAAUCCCAGCACAACAAAUGAGCCAGCAGCACAGAACAGCAGAGGAAGACCAUAUGAUGGCAUUCCAAUGGGUGACAUGACUUCAUCUCAACCCCCAGCAUAAUGUCUGGGGGUAACGUCCGCUGGCUUCAGAUUACAAACUCGUUUGUGAUCUAUGUGCCUUGUUUUACAUACAUUGCUCCCACAGUAUUUUGCAAGUUUAUUUUCCCUGAAGUAAUCCUAUGGCUAUUAACAUGAAAGGCUUUGGAUAGCAUAUCUGAAAUCACAAGGUAUAUUAACACAUGCCAGUCAUACACUGCUGUGCCAGAGCACCACUGUCCCAGUUGGUAAUUAAACUAAAUUCAAUGUUCAAUCUGCUUCUGUGUUAAAAGGCACUAUGCUAUCUUUUAAAAAACAAUAUUAGUAAACUGCACAGAAACAGGAAAAAUCCUGUUUGUUGCACCUGGGCAACUUCCUUUGGCUUCAGUCGAGGUUGCAAACAUGUAAUGGAGCAAAAUACAACCAGGAUCCUAAGGAAAGUUUAGCACCAAGACAAAAUAACCAUAAUGACUAUCUUGAUGAGAAGCAGCUUUCUUCAAAUGUCAUUUCCAUCAAAUCUGCAGCUCGGGGGAUUUCGUCCUCGCUUUGAUAUUUGCAUCUUCCCGAGAGAAAAAGCUAUAAGGCACUGGUUUUAAUUAUAUUACUUACAGCUUGCAAUUUGCCAGGCCAAAGUGAAUUACUGUUUAUCAUGAAGAGAAUUUGCUCACACUGAUAGACUUACAAUUACUACAAAAAGGAGACCACAAGAAUGAAUAGUCAACACUUCCUCCUCCUCUGCACCAGUUGGUUUAUUAUCUGCAUUGCAGGUUAGGAUCUGUAGAAAUGAUGCAGCAUAUUUUGGGAUGGGCUACGUGGAAGGAAGGAAUUCUCUUUGGGUAAAAAAUAUAAAAAGAAUCCAGAGAACCACAGACUAGUUUAAAAUCUUGCUCAUUCAGCAAGUCUAAAAAUCAUUGAGACAUCCAAAAUAAUAGUAUAAUGUAUCUGUUUAUAGCUACCUAAGAUGCCUUAAGACAUAAGAAGGACUUUAUGAAGGUAAAAUAUUACUGGUUAAAAACAACAUGAUGCUUAGGGGUCUCAAAGAUUAAGGGGCAUUUGUGUGGGACAUAUGUUUAUUGCUGUGGAUCUUAAUGUGUGUUAUUAAGAGUGGACACUUUGGCCCCAGUCAGUGGAGCUACACCCACAAAUAUCAGAUGAGAACUUGGCCACGAGUGUGUUAAGUUCACAAAGAAAAAAGAAAUGAGAUGUUAAACUUCACUCAUUUGCAACUAUGAUAAUCUAAUGUAAGUGAAUAUAGAUAAGUGUAUAAGUGAACCAUGACUACAGCAAAACAAAAUUAAAAUCUCCAUCACUGUGCUGGGUCUUCAAAGCACCCUGAACUGUCAGGGGUUUGACCAUGAGGAUAAAUGGAAUUUCCCUUGACUUUUUUCUGGUAUACCCUCUGUUUUAGAGAGUAGCACAGGGUUGAUACAGGAUCAAGGGCUGAAGAGCAAUUGCUAGAGGGCCACUCAACCAGCUAUCAGUGCUGUCUGCCUCAGAGAAAGCAGGGACUUUGCCUUAGGAUUGGGGAGAAGCCAGAAAAGCUCAGCGGAGUAUUUCAUUAUUCUGACAUUCAUACUAAACAAAAAAUUGACACAAGUAGCACCUGGGUGAUAGCUAAUGGCUGUACACAUAUCUGCAUAUUGUGUGCAGAAGGACAAAUCACAUGGCCAUGAAUUUUGGGGGCUUUAUAUAAUUAAAUAAUAAUAGGAACCAUUGUGUUGUGUGCUUACAACAGCAAGGUGGGGAUGUAACAAUGAAUUGCCACAGCUGCAAGCAUUACAAGUGCACACACCAGAUGUUUUCAUUGGUUUUGUCUCCUAUUGAUCACCCCAUUUUUUUUGUAUUUAAUUAAGUGGUUUGCAUAUCUAUUUUUGCUAGCAAGGACAUCAAAACAUGAGUGAUGUUCAAUCACACAUUGUGGAUGAACACUUUUGAAACUCCUCCUUUUCCCCUUUGCACUUGCUGCAGCUGGGAGAGUGAGAAAUGCCUGUUCAUGUGUAUUAUAUAAAUACAUCAUCUGUGUGGCAUUUAACCUCAUCCCAAUGGUACAGCAUUGGUUUGAAUAGUCAGUGCUCUGUGUGGACCAAUGUUAAAGUCUCAGGGUACAAAUAUGCAGCACUUUCACUGGAAGAACUAUCUGCCCAUCUAUCUCAUAUAUUUACAGCAUGCUAAUCUUAUUAUAAUCUAGGUGUUGCCACUGACUUCCCAUUGCAAACUUGUUAUCGACUGCAAUGAAAGAUCACUGGAUCAGACCCCUCAGUGUUGUAAAAACUGCAUCUGCCUUCUUUUGAACAAAGAAAUGUUAUGCAAUGGUAACUCCUGUUGAAGAGUCACCUCUGAGCAUUUACUCUUUGUUUGAUGCCUCCUGGUGUGGAGCAUAAUGUCACAGUGAAUGCAGAGAGGCUCUCAAAGAACAGAAUAAUUACAUGAAAUCUUCCUGUAAAUAGUUAACACAAAAUCCUCUGACCUGCCUUUAUCUCACUGUAAUUAGCCUUCGCCUACAAGCUUUCAAAUCUGUUAAUCUUACAGUGCUCCACAUUGGAUGACACUGAUUUUGGCCCCAAACCUUCAUGUUACUCUGUGUGAGUGGAUCCCCAUGAGGCUCUGCACACAUGACAUAGAUUGCAGGAUUAAAGGUCUUAUUUUUCUACAGUCAUUACAUUUUGAACAUAAAUUAGUAGUGGAGUAUUUUUAAUGUCCUACUAGUACAAAAACUGAUUUGAAGAAAAUAGAAAAAUAUGAAUAAACAUGGAUACUACUUGCUUAACAUUACAUUAAACUUCAAAUCCCUCUAAAACUAAUAGUCAUCUAUGGAAGGAGAGGUGAACAGAACACUUAGGAAGGAAAAUGGACUUACCCCAUAUUGCCAUAAAAAUAGCAAAGAAGACAGUGCCUCCAUUAUCAAACAAAUGUGUAACCUAAGCAGAAAGUAAAACACAUAAUGCAAAAUAAAUAAUAACAAUACUACCUUACAUUCAUGUAGUAUUUCCCCACACACACACACCAAAAAAAAAAAAAAAAUCCAAAAAUGCUUUACAGGGUUUUAGACCCCAAAAUAUAGGCAUCCUAAUAAGAAGCCCUAAUCCCACAUAAAGGUGCACACAUCAGCAUUUACAUGCACAAUUCCAUUCAUCCCCCACUAUUCCCAUUGCUAGUCCAGGCAUGGAUCAUCUUUCAUCACUGCAAUUCCCACUCUGGCCUCAGUCAUCUUUAAUGUGCCCAAAAUACUAUCUCAAAACUCAGUUACUUAGCCAGCUAUUCUAACCACAUCCCACCAGUCUUCAAAAUUUUCCUUGGUUUCCUCUCACCUGCUGCAUUAGAUUUAAGCUCCUUGUCCUGUCCUUUUAGGACCUGAACAACUUAAAUCAGGCCUACCUACCAACUUUCAUCUCUUUAUUUACCUCUUCCCCAGGAAUGUUCCUUGUCUAAUCAUUCCCUUCAUUGUCUCUUCCUUCCUUGCAACUCCAUGCUUGGAUCCCUUUUCUCACUUGAUCCACCUUGCCUCCAUGCUCUCCCUCUAAAUCCCUCUUGAAAAUAUCCUUCCCUUCUAAAGAGUCUAUAAAUCCUAAUCACUCUCAAAAUGAAGAAUGAAACCAUCCAGACAUUAACAAAAAUUAAUGUCAAAAUGAAGUAAUUAUAGUACGACGCUAUGCAUAACAUUCCACCUCUCAAUCAUUUUUGCUGUUUGUUGCACCCUAUUGCCCAUUUUCUACUUACAGUGUAAACUCUUUGGGACAGAUUUGUUUUAUCUGCAAAGUUCAGAUAAAGUUCAUGGUGGGUAGAUAAAUUGUAAUUGAAAACUGUUACAUGCCUAUGUGUCAGUUUGAGUGCCCUAAGGGGGUUUGUUGUCCCAAUUUUGAAAAUGGUGUCCUCUAUGUAUCGUUCAGGGUUCAUUUUAUCCAUCAUAGAAAUACAGCCAUUUCCAUGGUAGAAAUCCAGCAGUCACUGUGUAUGAGCCACAGUAGGCAAUAGUACUGUAUUAGGAGGCUUAGGUGAAGAAUAAUUUCUCCUACUGAAAAGGGAUUUUAGGUGGGCAAUUGCCAGUGAUUAAAUUUGGUCAGCGAUACUGGACUGAAACAUAUUCUAUUGAAACAAUGCUAUAAGACGUUUGGUGAGCAUCAGUGACCAGAACCUCAGGUUUAAAGUGUCAUUUGAAAGAUCACAUACAUCAUUACAUUAUAUUGGAGUAAACCCAUGAGAGAAAGAAUUUAAGGGCAGACACAUUUGAUAAAAGGAGCACCAAACAGGGAAAUUAGGGAAAAACAAAAACUAAAAGAAAAGUUUUCAUAAGUGGUUUUAAUAACUAAUGCAAUAAAACAUUGAGUAUUUCUAGGUAUUUUCACUGUUUCAAAUGAGAAUUAAUAGCUUCAUUUUAGAAAAAACUUCAACUUAGAUUACAAUUUAAUUAUUGUUGAUUUUGUUCAUCAUGUAAGGCCCAGUCUUGCAGACUCUUACUCAUUCAAGUAACCUUACUCAUGAGGGUAGGAUAAUUGAUUUAAAUGGGCUAGCUUCAAUAAAACCCAUUUAAAAAAAGUAAAGGUUUGCAAUAUUGGGCCCUUAUGUUGUAACUGUGGCCAUCAGGAAUGCUGUGCUUGUGAGGUGAUGGUCUCAAGGGUUAUGGGAUAUUGAAGGAAUUGACAGUAUGCUGAAGGGAGGUUGUAACACCUUCUAGCAAAACUAUUACACAUAAUAGCUGCCUUGUUUUGUCAUUGGGGUUGUCCUCUGUAGCAGACUCUAGUCCUGUAAACCAGACAAAUCUACAUUUUUUCAAAUGAAAGACUGUCAUCUGCUUUUAGAAAAUAAACACUGAGGAAGUGACAGAGGCUAUUCUGUAAGAGGGAAGAUAAUUAAAUAUUAGAAAAACUCUCUUGAAAUCCUCAUCAUUUAUAAAUCCAGGAGAAAAAGUUAAAACAGUAUAAACACUGUAUUGCUUGCCAGUAUGUUUUAUUUUCUCUUGAAUGCAAACACUUCUAAUAUUGAGUAGAGUUAUUAAACACACACGUUUUAGUAGUAAACAGGGCUCUGUUUAUUUUACUGUGCUGAAGAAAAUGGAGACGUUAUUACUUAAUGCCAAAGAUCAUCAAGUACAAUAUGUAAUUUUGUGUGAAUUAUAUAAUCAUGUGAAACUUAUAUGCAAAUAUCCUUUGGCUUUGUUUUUCUUUUGUUAUAAUAAAAGGAACAUACAAGCAAAGUA